CAAACGAGCUUCCUGUAUUCAAUUUCGUUUUCAACUAAAUCCUUCCUAUGGAUUAGAUAAAGAAUACAUUCUGAUUAAUUCUUAUGAUUGAUUAAAAAACACGUUAAACUUCCAGCGCGAGUAUCCUGAACAUUUGAAAGGGAUAAUGUUAAACAGCGCAUGCGUAAAGGCGGGUUUUUUAAAAAACGUUAACGUCAAUGUUGUUCGGCACAGUUAUGGAGUUAUACCAUGAAGGUUAAUUGUGUUGAGUAAAGACAAAGCUCACCUUUUAUUCUGACCGGUUGGAAUUGUUGAAAAAUUCAAGAUGGAUUCACCUGACCCUCUAAUGAAUAAGUCAAAUGUUGCAGGGUCCAGGCGCAGCGUUUCGAUUUUAAAAGCGCCACGGACAUCUGUCGAUUUUGCUGACCCAGAGCUUGUGGAAUCUCAGGUUGAAGUUGCCAUGCCUGUGGAAAAGAGGAAUUCGAGAAGGGUCAGUUUUGCUCCUGCAACUGAUGUUCUGCUAUUUUCAAAAAACGGCUCACCGGUCCGAAAACCUCUACAAGAUCUAAGUGCCGCAAUUAAUCCUGACAACAGAAACCCUAUAGGUGUCAUUGAAAAGGGGAAACAACCAAUCGCUGACAUGGAGAACUUGUUGUACGCUCCUUUGCAAAUUUCCAAACAAAGAAAGGAGGUAUCUAUGGUCAGCCAUGAUGCAGAAGAUCUCUAUGGAGAGAAGACGAUGAUGUUUUCUGCCGAUGAUGCCGACAUAGAUGUUACACACAGUCAAACUGUUAUGAUUACCAACGAUUCAGAUUCGCCCUAUCAAGAUGGUGUGAUGCUCCCUACCUGUGCGAACAUCGAUUUCUUUAUGUCCAUGGACAGGAAGAAAGCUGAGCCAUGUACUUUGCCUACAAUCUCUUCCUCGUCAGUGCGCCAUUUUGAUCUGGAAUUUGAAAAACCCCUAGCCAACUUUUCUAAGCCAAGUUUGCCCAAGGACAAUUCUAUGCUGCACAAAGUGGGACAAAGUGUUUCGAUUCAAUCAAAGGAUGUCCAUUGUCCAGAUGAUUCCUCUCAAAACGACUCAAAGGUGACUGGACCACCUGAAGGCUGGUCUCCCAAUCACUCUGGAAGUCGAGAAAACCUUGGUGACCAUUUUAAGAACAGAUUACAUGGAUUGACUGCUGGAACUAUUCCUAACUUUACCUCUACCUUUUCUAGAUCAAUGUUUUCAUUAGAUGGCAAAGUCACCAGAGUGUCUGACCUCAACGAUCAAUUGGAUGCAUCACAAAAUGAUGUGAAAUCUAUACCAAUUUCAGUGAAUAAGAAUAGCCCUGGGAAUGCUAAUGCAUUUAGUGCAUCACCUGAAUCAGCGACAAUGCAAAAGAACAAUGGUUCUGACUCCAGCCAAGAAAACUGUUCUUUGUCAUGUGGAUUAGAAAGCGCCCCAUGCAUUACAGCUGCAGUUGAUGGAGUUGAUGAUACCUCUUCUACCAAGUCUAGACGAUUGAGUUUGGCGGAUCUACGAUUUAAAAUAAGGCGCAUGAGCCGCCUGGUCGAUGAACCCACAGAGAGGAUUGCUGUAGACGUUUGCGAUGCAACCUUGUCUCAACCCAAAUCGGCCUCAGACGGAAUCUCUGAUAAAACCCACUUGACUGCCCUACAACAUAAUCCUGAAACACAGACGACAGACAAUGCAGACUAUACACAACCAGAACAGUCCGCUGAAGAGCAACAACCCUGUGUAACUGCUCCUCUGAAGUUGAAUAGAAGAAGCCUCUCAUCCAGACUGUCAAUGGGAAACCUUUUGCCCAAACGCCCACGCAGAAGUUGCAGGUCGCCUGGGAGAGAACACGAUUACGAAGUAGACACACAUCAGCUGAGCAGCGGCAUGAGGGACAACAUUGUCGAUGAAGUUCUUCCUAACAUCAGCAGUGAAGAGGAUACGUCUAUGGUCAACGAGAAUCCACAAUCCACCAAUGAAGAUGGUAGUUCACUUCAUGGGCGACACUUGCAAGGUACGUCAGAGGAAGUAGUAUGGGAACUGUCGCCUGGUCAUCCAAGUGACUCCCAGUGCGAGAAAACUUCACCAGUAGAUGGCAAAGACAUGAUGGCGGCAGAAAAAAGGAGGAGGAUCUCUUCGGAAAGCAACAUAGAAACGUCCCCAGAGAAAGGAAAGUGUAUUGGCACAUUUCCUUUGACUCCAGCAGUCAUGGCCAAGGCUAAAGAUGUAUCUAAGCGUAGCACAUCCCAGCUCAGAUCUGAAACAACAUUUGAAUCAACUCUCAAACAAAGCUUGUUUGAAUCCCAGCUUGAAGGCCAUAUGGACUAUACCAAUGAUUUCCAGAAGAACGUUGAGGAUGAAAGCAUAACGGUAUCUGAGUUCUUUCAACUCCUAAACAUCGAUUUUGUCAUUCACAAUCCUCGACAGAGCAUCCUUCCGGGCAAGCUUGCAUCCCAUCUGGGCCACACGCCAGAGAACCUGCUUAAGAACCGGCACAUUCACCAUCCCAAGCAGAUGGUUUAUGAGGCUGAGCACAAGAACCUUGCAGAGAAGGUUGAGAGGUUAAAGGCUCAAAUGAAGGACCAAGCAAGACUUUUACACACUGUCAACCAACCUCUUUGGGAAGAGUUGAAAUGUUUUUCAGAGGAUGAACUGAAAAUAUUUGGUUCGAAGAUGAAGGAGAGAAUUUACUUUUUCCGGAAAAGAAGCAAGGCUCAGUCGCAUGAAAUGAAAGAGGCUCUAUAUUCAAAUCUCCUACAGGCUAAUCUGGAGGAACGGCAGAGGUUGCGAGGGAAGACGGAGGAAGCAGACGGGAUGCUGAAAAGUUUGGACGACUGCAUCCAGGAACUAGAAACAGAACUUGCAGCAGUUGAAGAAAACGGUUCAGGUGACGGCAAACUGACUUUGAAGUCAGGUCAACUAGGAUUGGAGAAAGUCAGAAUAGAGAUUGCUGAAAAGGAAAGACAAAUGUGUGAAAUGGAAAUGCAGAAGAAGUGCAACGUGGACCAGGUGAAAAGGCUUCAAGUGGAGAUUCAGGAUUUGAAUGGCCAUUUCUCACUGCUGCACAGGCUGAAUGAGUGGAAGCUGGCAGAGAGAAGGGCCGUCUACUCCUUCCUCUAUGGAUCGCUGCUUUUAGAGGUGGUCUUUGAUACAGGCGCCGACCAAAAGGUUUUCUCAUUAUCAGGUGAAGGACGCGAUGAGAGGAAUAUCUUGGACAUCAAUUUCAAGCUGGAAUUAGAUGAGGAGAAGUCGGAGUGCCAUGCCCGUCUUGUUCACACACUUGUGUCAGACUUCAUCAGCGGACAAAGCCACUGGGUGGGAAAAUAUCUUAGCAGUCGAUGCGUCCCUAAGCUGCUGCAUGACGUGGCCCUGGUGGUGAGCCGCCUCCGGCUGCUGGGCGAGGAGGUGCGGCUCCUGAGGACCUGGGGAUCCUUGAAGUUCAACAUCUCGGACAUCCGCUGUGUGGGCAAGCGCGUUCACAUCGUCUUCAGCAGCCUGGAGGCCAUGGCUGAGUUUGAGUUGUCACUGGCAGUCACGACGGCCUACCCCUGUUCUCCACUCCAAUUGCAGGACUUCAAAAAUCAUAUUGGAUUGACUAGCGUAUGCCGCCUUGAAGAAAUUGUGUCGUCAGUAUCUCCAGACAAAAACUACCUGACCAGAAUUGUCAAGGCUAUUCAUGCUGCGGUGCAUUCAUGAGCUCUGCUGCUAUUCCUUUGUUAUUUGCAUGCACAGCCCAGUAGCACUCUGCUACUGGGGUACUGCUGCCAGCUACCCAUUCCACUGCUGGUGUUUUUUUUUGCAGCAAAAUUAUUGCGGAUUGCUUUUGCCUCAAGAGACGCAUCCAACGUUUUUUUCCUUAGGCCUCUAUUUUGUUUCUACUCCCUUUGGUUUUCAAUUGUGAGUCAGUGUGGCCAUGUUGGUUCCGAGACACUACUUGUUAUCGUAGUAAUCUAUACCGGUUGAUAUAUCAUUUUUUGAAGACUUAACGUUAUUGAAUGCUGUGACAUUUAAAUGGGCUAACUCACCAGAUGGGCCGCAGCAGGAGAGAAAGGUUGUUUAUUUUAUUGUGAUCACAUCCAGCAUCGAGCAGCAAUACCAGCAGGGGUAUUGAAGUCUGAAAGUAAGUCUGUUGAGUGAAGUUGUCAAAUAUCAAGAGGGUUAAAAUCAUUGAAAACCUUGUACUGAGUGUGUGUAAUUGUGUUGCAAAUAAAUGUUCCUGUGUACU